AAGUUUGCUUCGAGCUUCAUUUCGAGACGGGACGCGUAACCUAUAAACGCUAACGAUAGUCGCCAACAGUUCUCGCCAAGACUGCAGUUCGGUCUGUUGCAGGUUCGCGCCGGCGCAGUUCGUUGCCUCUUUGGCUCGCUAGUCCAAUCGAGGUCACCGUUUAGAGACCCUUGCCCUGUGCGAUGAUAUCACGCUAAAAGGACAGCCACAACACACUUUUGAAGGCGUCUAUAACUGCAGGCAGUCACUCCACAGAUGCCUUCACGGCUCAGUACUGUUUAUGCACUCCAUAGCGGUAUCUGAGAGAUCGAUCCGAUGGCAGCGCUCGCGGCUAUUCUCCCCGUCGUCUCGCGGAGCUCCGCACUUGCCCUCGAACUCUACCGACUGGCUGGCUCGGAGCCGGAUGCGGCGAAGCAUCUUAUAAGGACCGCAAGGUCAAUAAGCAAUCUCGCUCUUAUUAUCAAGCAAGUCGGAACCAUUAUCAAAGAAGAUGAUCGGAUGCCUUCCUCUGAGGCUAUCGAAACACUCGAGGACAUUAUCGAUCAAUGCACAGCAAUAUUGAAUGAGAUCGAGUCUAUCCUUCCGCAGUCUCAGCAGGAAGAGCAGAACGCGCAUGUGCGCAGUGGCGGACAUCCAGAUCCGCCUCGAGGACUCCGACUCGGCUCCGCGGUGGUGGCGAGGCUGGACUACCUCGUGGCCCACUUAGACUCACUGAAGGCGACUCUUUCCGUCAUGUUACAGACCCUAUACGCCGCUCAGGGCAUCAUGUGGGCUAGAGUUCGACCGAGUGUGUCGCCACAGCAGGCUUCCAGAGCUGUAGCGAACGAGAAGAGUCAGUUGGAGAUACUGAUUAUCGAGCAACAGAUGUCCAUACUGUCGGCAUAUAGACUGUAUGAUCCGUCCAGCCCAGAUGCGCGGCUACUCACGGAGACGGAUAGCUCGCAGAGCUUGGUCGCAGUACACGGUGGUCCGCCAAAUCCGGGAGAUCUUUUCAAGUAUCAGGACAAGUACAUCGCAAGUCUCGAUCCUUCGAACUCAUACGAAGAAGAGUGGCUUAACGCAGUAUGCGGAGUCGCUAAAACGCAGCUCGACCGUUUAUUGGAUAGAUGGACGCGUUUGCCUCAAUUUGAGGAGGACCUCCGGGAUGCUGAACGGAAAGCCGAGACCAAACGGAGGGAGACACUGCAACCAUCUGUCGAAUCAGACAACGAGGACGAGGUCCACUCGCUACCAAGAUUUGCGGGUAGUGGUGUGAGGCUGUCUACACCAACGCCUCGUCGGCCAGACAGCGUCCAACCGCUGUUCACAGAGACUGGCACUUUACCAAUACCAGUUCCGGAGUCCAAGACGUUCGGACCUCAUCCACCGCUAUCGCCUGCAUCGUCGUACGGAGUAUCUCCAAGGUCUUCCGGCAGUAACCUGCCGAUUCCGAUGCAGCCUGGUUCGACGAACGCAUCUCCUCGGUCGAGCAUUACCACGCUCCCAGUAGAAGCCGCUGCAGCUGUGGAGGCAAAAGACAAAGACGAUGACGUUGACCUGGAAAUCCCUUGGACCCUGUGCACUCGCCGCCACUAUUGGAAGUACAUAGAUGGAAAAGUUGCCGACUCCAAUACCGAUGCGCCAUCCUCAACAGCAUUCUCAGACCGCCAUAGUUGGACGGAAAUUCUUGCAUCAUGGGUGUGCAAGGAGGCAAUCCAGGAGGCUGGCUACCAGUUCACCCAGGUGCAGAAGGAGCGGCGCGAUGGCAGACGAACCAAGUUCGAGACUUGUUUCUGCAUCCAGUUGCCCUUGACUUUCGACCAAGUACAUCGGCUCGUCGAAAGGACGGUGGAACUAUAUCGCAAGACGCAGCCACGGUCUCCACCACCGCAAGUUGAUCAUCGCCGCGCAUCCUUCGAACGCCGCUCUUCAGCCAACGCUCCCAUACCGUCGUCUCAUGAUCGCGACCGCACGCCGCUAGCGAAGAAACCGCAGCAUCCACCUCUCGAGCGGGCAAUUACUUCCAUUCCACCACCGUCCCACCCUCCCCUGGAUCGCUCGAAUUCCAUGCCCGGUCAAGUACCCACAUAUCCGCCCAACCCUCGCUCUACAAGCCUGCACCUCCCUAUAUCACCCAUCAGCUCGUCGCAAACCACCGCCUACCCACCCCAACCUCCGCACUACUCUCCUCAACCACCCCCGUAUUCCCCUGGCGUACCCCCCUACUCACCUCAAGCCGUGGGGCCUCCAUUCUUGCCGCAGAACCCACUUUUCGCCUCCCCACAAACCCUCUACCCGCCCAAUCCCGCACUCUUCAGCACUUCUUUCACCAACUAUCAACCACCUCUGGACACGCGCCAUCUUCAACAAGGCGCCUACCCUCAGUCACCGCUCCGCCAUUCCCAGUCGCAUUCGCGGCAAGGCUCUGGCUCGCACCACGAUUAUUACUCGUCUAGUUCGCUAACAUCGGACUCGGACAGCGCGGCGCGAGAGAGGAAGCGUCGGAGUAGCAGUCGGAGACGCAGUGAUCGCGGUGAUGGGCAUAAGAAGAAGGGGCAUGAGCAUAGUGGAGCGACGAAGGCGUUGAUGGGGGUAGCGGGGUUGACGGCCCUUUUAGAUGGCUUAGUCGGCGUUUGAUUUUUUUUCCGAAGUGUUUGAUGAGAUCAGUUGAUGACCAUGACGAGUUGAUGUCGGUGAUGAUGUUUCGAUUACGAGGCUCGGGUCUAUUUUCGAUUCCAAGGUUGUUUUGAUACAUAUAGGGUCGUUUUUCCAGGUUGGAGUUGGCGUUUUGGGAUUUACAAAAAGGACGAAAGGGAAUGGGCAAAG